UACGGUCAGAUAAUGAUGUGCAGUAACAAUAUAUCUAACUACAAGCUGUUAGAAAUACUUAAAAAUGGAAAGAUUGGAACGGUUUACAAAGCAGAAUAUUUAAACAAUAAAUGCUUGGCUGUUAAAAAGGUUUCUGUGGAUCAGCCAAUGGAAAAGCUUAAAAUAUUGUUUAACGAAGUUUUAACUGUUCGUCGGCUUCAACAUAGAAAUAUAAAUACUAUCGUCAGUUGUUUUUUGUACAAGCAGUAUGUUUAUUUGACCUACAAUUUUAUGUGUUUUGGAAAUUGUGAAAUGCUGCUAAAGAACGUGUAUACUUCUGGGUUUCCGGAGGUUACAAUUGCACUAAUUUUGAAGGAUGUAUUGUCAGCACUUACUUAUAUUCACUCCGAGCAUUAUGUUCAUGGAUCAGUAAGGGCUAAGCACAUACUCUUAAGUCCCAGAAAAGCUGUUCUAUCAAAUUUUAGAUACUGUCAAAGUUUUAUUAGUCAAGGUGAAAAAAAACCGUUUAUAUUUGGAUCAACGGUUGGAAUAGAAAAAGAGUUGUAUUGGACAGCACCAGAAGUUUUAUAUCAAAACCUUUCUGGUUAUACUGAAAAAAUAGAUAUUUAUUCCAUCGGAAUUACUUGUUGUGAAAUGGCAAACGGGUUUCAGCCCUUUAAAGACACAGAAUUAACAUACAUGUAUAUUGAAAAAGUGCGUGGAAGUCUGCAAGUGCUACUGGAUAAAAACAGCCUAUUGGAAAAUCAAGGUUCACUGGAGCACACAAAUAAACGGAUUGUUCGUGAUGUAAUUGUAAACAAAUCAUUUUCAGAAGACUUCCAUCAAUUUGUUGAGCUAUGCUUAAAUAAAAAUCCAUUGUCUCGAUGGGCAGCAUCAAAAUUAAUGACACACUCGUUUCUUAAGCAAUGCCGGAAUACCAGUCUUUUAGACCAAUUAAAAGACUUAGGCAAAAAAAUGUCAAAUUUUAAAAUAAAUGAACAUGAAAUAUUUUGUGACGCUCGGUGCAGCCCUCAACCAAAUGAUACAAUAUGGAAAUUUUAAGAAACUGUUUUCUUGUUUUUCGGAUCACUUUGGUGCCUUUAGUACAGAAUCUCUAUAAUUAAUUUUUCUUGCUUUCUAUUUUAAGGGUUUUAGAUAAGCUUUAAAUAUGUACACAGGGUGCGGCAGCAUAUUUUCCUUUUAUCAGAACUCAAUGAAAACUAUUGUAGGCAUCGGCAAAUAUAUAUUUAUUUUUACAAUGUAGGUCAUGUCUAAAGUUUUUUAUUUAUAUGUAUUUUUUUAAAGAUGAAAUCUGAUAGGUGACUUCCCCCAUUCUCUAUACAGUGCGUAAACCGAUUUCUGGCGUUUUAUCGUGACUCUAGAAGGUGUUAUGUUGGCUAUUUCUUCUUGGAUGUUGGUAUUUAUAUCUUGUAGGGUUCUUGGACGGUUCGCAUAAACACGGGAUUUCAAAAAAAACCAAUAGAAAAAAAUUAGAAGGGGACAGAUCAGGAGAGCGUGCCGGCCAUUCCAAAUCGCCUCUAAUUGAGAUAAGGCGCUCUGGAAAGUGUGUACUCUUGAAGUGUGUGCUGUAGCACCGUCAUGUUGGAACCAAGUGUCACCCAAAUCCAACUCUUCUAUCCGUGGAAAAAAAAGUUCUGUAACAUGUUUAUAUCCGAAUUCACUGUCACUGUAACCUCAUUUCCUCCUUAUUUUCCAGAGACCAAUAAUUCCAUCUGAGGAAAUUGCACACCACACUGUGAACUUUGGUGAAUUCAAAGGAGGCCUUUCAAGCAAUUUUCGAGGGUUGGUGUCAACCCAGUAGCGCAUGUUUUGUUUGUUAACCGACCCACAUAAAUGAAAAUGGGCUUCAUCACUAAAAAAAAAACAAUAGACACACGCGUUCAUCCGAGAAUUGAAGUCACGUUCUGAAAGUUCCUGCACUAUCGCCGCCAUCUUAUACGGAUGAAAUUGAAGAUCAUCAUGAAGAAUUCUUACAGAACGAUCGGAUAGUCAAAGGGGAGAUGCGUGUUUGCACGCAGAACGCCGUGGAGAUCGCCAUAUUGACGCUCUCACUACAACAAUGUUCUCAGGUGAUCUAACGGGUCGAGGGACUCCAUUUCUUCGUUUUGACGCUCUUACAGUUGCCUGAAUGUAGUGCGGUCUGGGACGGGAGCCAACGGGGCUAAAUUAAAGCGAUUCCGAAAUGCACGCUGUGUUUAUUUAACCGACCAUCCGCUUGAAAAGUAUGCCUCAACGACAAAGGCGCGAUCUUCACUAUUUCAACACAUGACGGAGAUUGAACCGUGUCGGGAUAAAACUUUACAGUAGCCCCUCUUGAACGGGACCACCAGCGUUUUGUUAAGACAUCAACUAAAAAGCUAAGAUAUGCUGCCGCACCCUGUAUAUUACCAUAAUCAAAUCAAACACAUACUAGUCUUACCAUUUUUAUGUUUAUCUAACUGAAUGAAAACUGAUGAAAAUAAUCUGAAUGAACAAAUAAAUUUUUAUAUGAAGUUUGAA